AUGGCGGAGGUAACUCCUCCGACCAGUAUAAAAGUUAACAGUGCAAAAUCCAGUAGUUUGCGAAGUGCCCCAAAGCAAAUGAAUAACACCAACUCCUUGAAAAGAAAAGUUUUGCAAGAACUGUUGGAAAUUAGCAAGAAGGAGAAAGUGACAAAUGCAGAGAAUGCUACACCAGAAAGGCAAACCAACCUCUAUCCGAAUAGCCAUGUAGGCCCAGCCUACGUUGACGUAAAGCUUAAAGGACAAACGUUAAAAAAAUCUAGAGUCCAAAAUCUCAAUCACAUCGUCAAAGCGGUAAACCUAAUGAACGCAGGGGUGUCCGAAAUAAAACCCAGGAGUAUUGGAACGGCAGAACUCAAAUUUCCCAGCAAGGAGUCGGCCAACACAUUUGUGCAGAGUAUGAAGGCUGAAAAAAGUGACCUGGAAGCUUUCAUUCCCUACUAUAGAACAGAGAAAAGGGGCCUCGUAAAAGAAAUUCCCUCUAAUGCCUCGAUGGAGGAAAUAGUUCACAAAUCUGAAUCACCAGCUAAAAUCGUCAAUGCCAUUAGACUCAAUAGGAAAACGUAUGAUCAAGAAAAUAAAAAAGCAAGUUGGUUGCCCAGCGAAACAGUGCUAAUUACAUUUGAAGGCAACACACUGCCCAAUCACAUUAAAAUAUAUGGGAUUCUGAACAUACAGGUUCACAUCUAUAUUGAGGCCCUCAAAAUGUGCUUCAAGUGCAUGAAAUAUGGUCAUUCAUCAGGUCGAUGCGGAAGCACCUGCGUCUGCCAAGUAACCAUUACAAGUUAA